AUGAUAGCACGCGGUGAUUUGGGUAUUGAAAUUCCCACUGAGAAAGUAUUCGCAGCGCAGAAAAUGCUAAUCGCACGAUGCAAUGUGGUCGGGAAGCCCGUGGUGUGUGCUACUCAAAUGCUUGAAUCAAUGACUAAGAAGCCAAGACCUACUCGAGCUGAGGGUAGCGAUGUCGCUAAUGCAGUACUGGAUGGCAGCGAUUGUGUUAUGUUGAGCGGUGAAACAGCAAAAGGAGAUUAUCCCGUAUUAACACUAGUGACUAUGAGUAAGUUAUGUUUGGAAGCCGAAUCAACCAUAAACUACCAAGAAGUAUUCCGCGAGGCUCUUCUUUGUAUGAAGAAACCUGCAGAUGUUACACAUACUGUUGCAAUUGCAGCCGUUUCAGCAGCAAUUUCAUGCAAUGCAAGUGCUAUCAUAGUGCUAACUACCACGGGGCACUCCGCUAGUUUGGUCAGUCGUUAUCGUCCCAUGGCACCAAUCAUUGCGAUAACUCGAGAAGAGCAAGCUGCUCGACAAAUGCAUUUGUUUCGUGGUGUUCAUCCAUUACUUUAUACUGAGCCGAAAAAUGAGGACUGGAAGGCUGAUAUUGAUCUACGAGUGGCUCAAGGUAUAAAAGAAGGACAAGCCUGUGGUUUUAUUAAAUCGAAUGAUUUAAUCGUCAUUAUCACGGGAUGGUCUAAAGGAUCCGGACAUACGAACACGAUGCGCAUUAUCAGAGUACCAUGA